AUGGAUUCUGUAUCGGGAAUAAAAUCAUCUGUAAAGACAAUCAGACUAAAUUCCUCAUUUGUAAUCAAUUAUUCCGCGAACGCUUGGAUUACACUAGGUAUACAAACGGGUUUUAAUAAUACGGCUCCAUGGUCAUUUAGCGCUUACAUUGGCAGCACCUCGAGGCCAGAUGGGACUUUGAAUACACCACCUAUCGGCACGGUUCUCUCGCGCCCUGGUCAAACUGCAAACGUAACAACUAUCACAACACUAACGGCAAGUGCUGGUCCCAAUGUUGGACUCAUAGUCGGCUCUGCCCUCGGCGGUUUAAUCGGCGUAGCAGCGCUUUGGUUGGCAUGUUCACGACAUGCUCCUUACUCUCUCGCUUAUACACAACAACCGCAACCUUAUACUGGUGGCGUACCAAUAUACGAUACAAUCGGCAGCACCUAUAUCGAUGAUCACUAUCCACAGACCUAUGCCAAUGAAAUUCAGGUUGUACAGCCCCUACAACCAUCGCUCUCGCAGAAUUAUAGAGAUGAAGAACGAAGGCAGAGAAUAAGAAGAAGUCGUGAUCGUCAGAUGGACCGCGACAAUGCUGCUUAUCGUCUUAGAAAAGAAUUAAAUCGUCGAUGA